AUGAUGGUGGGAGGGCUCUUUGCCUCCUUGGGAAUGAUCCUGGCCUCCUUGGCCACCAGUAUCAUCCACAUCUACAUCUGUACUGGAGUUAUAACAGGUUAGUAAAUAAAUACACACAUCUACCGCUACUGGAGUUUUUACUGGUGGGUACACACACACACACACACACACACACACACACACACACACACUUUAAAAACAGUUUGCCCCCUGUCUACAAGGUCUGGGGCUGGCGCUGAACUUCCAGCCGUCUCUGAUCAUGCUGAAUCGUUACUUUAGUGAGAGGAGGCCUCUAGCUAACGGACUGUCUGCUGCCGGGAGCCCUGUGGCCCUCUGCUGCCUCUCUCCUCUGGGACAGGUACUACACCUCUUCAGUCUCGCUCUCUGCAGUUGUAGAUCAGUAUGGAUCAUCGUUAAUGUUUUUCUUCAUAUUUCUCCCCAAAGGUGCUGCAGUACCACUAUGGCUGGAGAGGCGGCUUCCUCAUCUUGGGGGGCCUGCUGCUCAACUGCUGCGCCUGUGGGGCCCUGAUGAGGCCCCUGGUGGGCCCCAAGAAGCCCCAGGACAAGGAGUUGCAGGCUGUGGGCGAAGCAGAAAAAAAGCCCCAACUUAAGAAAAAGCUCCUGGACUUUAGCGUAUUUAAAGACCGAGGUUUCCUCAUCUAUGCCAUAGCUGCGUCCAUCAUGGUACUGGGUCUUUUUGUGCCACCCGUGUUUGUGGUGAGCUAUGCCAAGGAGAUGGGGAAUGAAGACACCAAGUCUGCCCUCCUCCUCACCAUCUUGGGGUUCGUUGAUAUCUUUGCCCGUCCCACAUGUGGGCUGAUUGCAGGGAUGAAGUGGGUCCGGCCCAGAUGUGUAUAUCUGUUCAGCUUCGCCAUACUCUUUAAUGGCAUCACCGACGUGAUCAGCUCACAGGUAAGUCUGGAACUUGUUUUUAUUGAUAUUAUUUGUGUGGUAUUUCUAUGGGAUGUAAACAAUACAUAAACAAUAUGUAAUCUGUGUAUUGUAUCGUUAUUACAUUUCUGUAUUGACACACACUACAUUACCAUUCCAAAAUCAUGGUCCCCCUUUGCUGCUAUAACAGUCUCCACUCUUCUGUGAAUGCUUUCUACUAGAUGUUGGAACAUUGCUGCAGGGACUUCCUUCCAUUCAGCCAUGAGCAUUAGUGAGGUCAGGCACUGAUGUUGGGCAAUUUGGCCUGGCUCGCAGUCGUCGUUCAAAUUCAUCCCAAAGGCGUUCGAUGGGGUUGAAGUCAGGGCUCUGUGCAGGCCAGUCAAGGUCUUCCACACCGAUCUCGACAAACUAUUUCUAUAUGGACCUCGCUUUGUGCACAGGGGCAUUGUAAUGCUGAAACUGGAAAGGGCCUUCCCCAAACUGUUGCCACAAAGUUGGAAGCACAGAAUCAUCUAGAAUGUUAAGAUUUCCCUUCACUGGAACUAAGGGGCCUAGCCCGAACCAUGAAAAACAGCCCCAGACCAUUAUUCCUGCUCCACCAAACUUUAUAGUUGGCACUAUGCAUUGGUGCAGGUAGCGUUCUCCUGGCAUCCGCCAAACCCAGAUUUGUCUGUCGGACUGCCAGAUGGUGAAGCGUGAUUCAUCACUCCAAAGAACGUGUUUCCACUGCUCCAGAGUCCAAUGGUGGCGAGCUUUACACCACUCCAGCAGACACUUGGCAUUGCUUGCGCAUGGUGAUCUUAGGCUUGUGUGCAGCUGCUCGGCCAUGGAAACCCAUUUCAUUAAGCUCCUGACGAACAGUUCUUGUUCUGAUGUUGCUUCCAGAGGCAGUUUGAUACUCAGUAGUGAGUGUUGCAACUGAGGACAGACUAUUUUUACGCGCUUCAGCACUCGGCGGUCCCGUUCUGUGAGCUUGUGUGGCCUACCACUUUGCGGCUGAGCCGUUGUUGCUCCUAGACGUUUCCACUUCACAAUAACAGCACUUACAGUUGACCAGGAAAGCUCUAGCGGGGCAGAAAUUUGACAAAAUGACUUGUGGGAAAGGUGGCAUCCUAUGAUGGUGCCACAUUGAAAGUCACUGAGCUCUUCAGUAAGGCCAUUCUACUGCCAAUGUUUGUCAAUGGAGAUUGCAUGUCUGUGUGCUCGAUUUUAUACACCUGUCAGCAACGGGUGUGGCUGAAAUAGCCUAAUCCACUAAUUUGAAGUGGUGUCCACAAACAUUUGUGUGUAUAUAUAGUGUAUAAUUGUGGACACUGCGGCCUUCGAGACCCGACGCUAUUGUAUCCAUAGAAUUUGAAUGAUUAAUCAGUAAUGGUCAUUAUAUUUCUAUGGUCGUAUCAUGUUGUUGUGAAUUAUAUAACCAAGGGUGUUGCUUCUCUUUUGGCAGGCGACAGACUACCCUGGUCUGGUGGUGUUCUGUAUCUUCUUCGGGCUCUCUUACGGGAUGGUGGGGGCGCUGCAGUUCGAGGUUCUCAUGGCCAUUGUGGGCACCAAGAAGUUCUCCAGUGCUUUAGGACUGGUGUUGCUCAUGGAGGCUAUUGCUGUGCUGGUGGGACCGCCUGGAGCAGGUCAGUACACACAGAAGGGUUAGGUGAGGAUUAGGUUAGAGUUAGGAUUAGGGUUAUGGCUAGUGUUAGGGUUCAACCAGGCUGCGGACAUGAAGCUAUGGUUAGGGUUGAGCCAGAGUGUGGCCAUGAUGCUAGGGUUAUGGUUAAGGUUGAGCUGGGGUGUUGACAUUAGGCUAGGGUUAGGGUUAUGGCUAAGGUUAGGGUUGAGCCGGGGUGUGGACAUGAAGCUAUGGGUUAGGGUUGAGGGUUCUGGUUGAGCCGGGGUGUGGACAUGGAGUUAGGGUUAUGGAUAAGGUUAUGCUUACUACAAGAUCUACGCAGACUCAAGAUUCGGAGUGUUGCAAUGUCGUUUUUCGUAACAAAAGGCCUUGUAAUACACAUACUUCAACAUACUUUUUUUACUACCUGAAAAUUGAGACGUGCCGUAUCAUUCCUUCCGCAGCCAUGGGGGCAGUGUUGUCACUUGCUUCCUUGAUCUGAUCUAUAGGCUAUUUAUCAAAGUAGCCUAUUUUGCAUUGAUAACAAAAUAUAAUCUCAGCGACUGUUCAAACAGUAAACCAAACAACAAGAAUCUACCCAAAAAGGUAUUUUGUUUAGUAGUAAUAAUAAUAAUAGUGAUUACAGGAUAUUGUGAAAUGGUAGAACCUGCUGUAGCCAACUAGCUACCCAUGUGCUUUUGUCUGCCUGACCAAAACAUGAUGACGUUCUAUUUUUUGCUGAUUAUGGGACUGAAUACACAAGCAGCAUAUCAAACUGGGAUAAUGUUUUAGGUUAGACCAGCAAGUAUAAGAAUAUUUGCCAGGGCAUAAUUGUUAAUUAUAAAUCUGAUUAUUUCACAUGGAGAUGUGGGAAGCUAAAAAGGCUAGGUAGCUUGCUAUAGUUUUUGCCUGGCUAAAGCCAGCCAUGCUGCCAGCUAGCUACUACUAGCAAGGGAAGGUGACUCUUUCUUGCUUUCACAAAAUGAAAAGACAAAAAUAAACGUUGCUAUCGCCCUCUUGUGAAUGAGAGUGGGGCCAGCGAGGAUCUCAUUUUACCAAAAGGUUUUCGCUACUCCAAAAAUCCAUGAGGACUUGGGGGAUUUAGGGUUAUGGAUACACUUCCGAAAAAAAGAUUGCAGUUAGAGUGCAGUAUAAUUGCAGUAUGCUGCAAUUACUGCAUCCAAAAUACCACAGUCGACUGCAGUUUCAAAACGACAAUCUUUUUUUGUAAUGGUAAGGUUAGGGCUGAGCCGAGGUGUGGACAUGGAGUUAGGGUUAGAACGAAGUCGUCAAAUAAUCAGAAGCCAGUAUAGACAGGAAUGACAACAUAACAUUUUAGCUAGUAAUAAACUGCUUAUGUCUUGAAUGGAUAGGACGUAAUAAACUCUCCUCCUAUAACCUCUCUCCUCUCCCGUAGGUCGUCUGCUGGACGCCACCCAUAACUACAUGUAUGUGUUUCUGCUGGCUGGCUGUGAGGUCAUUCUGGCCUCCAUCGUCAUCUGCAUGGGCAACUUCCUGUGCAUCAAGAAGAAGCCAGAUGAGCCUGAGGCCAAUUUAGAGAAUGGAGCCCCCGCAGAGAUGGAGAAGCUCAACAGUCUGCUGGAGACGGAUGGAGGAGACCAUGAGAGAGCGCAGCCGGCGGGGGUGAGUGGCGGCUCCGUAGAGGCAAAAGAGGGAGCGGAGAAGAAUGGAGGGUUGGGGAACCCAGAGACAGCUCUGUGA